GGAAGGGGCGGGGAAAGAGAAGGAACGAGGGCGCGCGCGCGCGCUUGCCUAACGGCUAAUAAACGAACGCACGCGCAAGGCUGCCGGAAGCUGAAGCGCGCGCGCCGAAAAAAGAGAGAGGGACACGCCCCCAGCUCGACGGCCGCCCCAUUGCCGGCCGGAGAGCUCGGCGAGCGGCGGCUGCUGUGGGACCCUUUUGUACUUCCCUCCCCUCAGAACCGCUCUCCCCCGUCUUCUUCCCGGCGGAGGAAACCCAGGAGGGAAGCCAUGGCGUCCUCGCCGGUGGCGGCGAGCCCCGGGACGGCUCUCGACCCGGCUGGCGGCGCGCGGGAGCGGCUGCCGCGGCUCUGGGAAAUCCCGUCGGAGCUCUUCCGUUGCUGGGGUUGCUUCAGCUUCUUGGGCGAGCCGGUGACGGCGCCAUGCGGGCACACCUACUGCCGCCGCUGCCUCCGGGAGAAACUUCACGCCCGCUGCCGUCACUGCGGGGAACCGCUGGCCGGCACCACGGUCGCCGUGGUCUUGGCUCACUUGGCGGAGAAGUGGUUCCCGGCGGAGUGCGCCAGGGCUCGGACGUGGCGCCGGCUGGCCGAAUUGCUCCGGCAGGGGCGGCCCCGCGAGGCUCGGGAAGCCGCCGACCAGGCGCUCCGAAAGGAUCCCGGUGAUUUAAUGUUAAGAAUUUACAGAGCUGAAUCUUAUGCUAGUCUUCAAGAAUUUAAAUCUGCACUAGAUGAACUGAAUGCUGUUACUGCUAAAAUGCCAAAUUGGCCUGAGGUAUAUUUCAGAAGAGCAACAAUACUUAAUAAUGCCGGUUCUGUAGAAGAUGCCUUAAAGGUCUUUCUUCAUUGCCUAUCCCUUGAUGAAGGAUUUGUUUUAGCAAAAGUAGAAGCAAAAAAGAUUCUGCGUAAUUUGCUGUCACCAGAAAACAUUAGUGAGACAUUGAAAGAAUCUGCUUUAAAUACUUCAUAUGUUCGAAGUAAACAACUUAAACAAAGCUCUGCCUUUGAAAUGGAAGAGUCUUAUGAUUGCUUACAGCUCACCCCAGUGUCAGUCUUAGAAGAGCCGCAAGUUACACUAGACACUGUUGGAGGAAGUUUGCAACGUGCCCAGUCUGCAAAUUCUCUUGAUUCAGUAGAAAAAGAUGCCAAAGACAAUGUAUUAAAAAGAGUAUCUUCUGAACCAUUGCUUUCUGGCCCAGAGAAAGAAACUCCAAAAGGGAAUGCUACCUUUUCAACCACUUGUGGAAUAGUUCCAGAAAAUUUGGUUGAUGUAACAGACUUUGAAUGCUCAUUGUGUUUGAGGCUUUUCCUUCAUCCUGUGACAACACCCUGUGGCCAUACAUUCUGCAAGAACUGUUUACAACGCUGUUUGGACCAUGCUCCAGAAUGUCCCCUCUGUAAAGAAAACUUAAAAGAGUUUUUGGCACGUAGGGAAUACAGCACCACACAGUUGCUUGAAGAACUAAUAUUGAAGUAUUUGCCUACUGAAUUAUCUGAGAGAAAAAGAAUUAAUGAUGAAGAAAUAGCUGAACUCUCAAGUUUGACCAGGAAUGUCCCUAUCUUCGUUUGCACUUUGGCCUACCCAACUGUGCCUUGCCCCCUCCAUGUGUUUGAACCAAGAUAUAGAUUGAUGAUUCGAAGAAGUAUAGAAACUGGAACAAAACAAUUUGGGAUGUGUGUACAAGACCCCCAAAAUGGAUUUGCAGAUUAUGGCUGCAUGCUGUUCAUUAGAAAUCUUGACUAUCUGCCAGAUGGGCGAUCGGUUGUCGACACAAUUGGAUUAAAGAGAUUCCGAGUUAUUCGAAGAGGAAUGAAGGAUGGUUAUUGCACUGCAGACAUUGAGGAUUUAGAAGACAUAAAGGUUAAAGAUGAAGGUGAGAUGAGAAAACUCCAAGAGCUCCAUAAUAUUGUUUACAACCAGGCUUGUAGCUGGUUUCAAAGCUUAAGAAAUAAAUUUCAUAGCCAAAUACUUCAGUACUUUGGUCCAAUGCCAGAGAAGGAAGAAAACUUGCAGGAAACCGCUGAUGGACCUGCAUGGUGUUGGUGGCUUCUAGCUGUUCUUCCUGUGGAUCCUAAAUAUCAGCUUUCAGUGCUUUCUAUGAAGUCUUUGAGAGAACGCUUGAUAAAAAUUCAAGCUAUAUUAACCUAUUUUUCCAGAGACCAGUCCAAAUAAUUAAUUGCCAGGACCUUAAUAUAACAGUAUGGCUGUAACUUCAGCUGAUAUUUUUUCUUGCAAAAUUUGCACUUUUAGUCCUGAUUUGAGAACUAUUAGGAAUUUUUUUUCCUAUAUCAAGUUGUUCAAUUAGAAGGAUGCCAUUAAUAUUGCACGUACGCAAUCUAGCAGCAAAAUAUUUAUUUGCACUAUAUACAAAUGGAAUGUAUCAUAUUGUCAAAAUUUUCCACUGACUACUAUGGUGGAAAGUGCAAGAUUUAAAAUUUGUCAGUUCAGGUUUACAGUAUUAAAGAUGAAUUCAAAAUCUUGCAAAUCAGAAGUUGCCUCAGCUACAGCAGCACCUUGUUGCUAUUUGCACAAUUAUUUAAAUGUAUUGUCAAUUUGUAGAGCAAAGUUCUGCUUUAAGUAUUUAAUUGUAAAUUUGGCACAAUUUUCUUGUGAAAUUAUUACAUGAAUUUGGAGCCAUAUUAAAGAACAGUUGAAAAAUACUUCCAAGAAGCUGUUGCCACCGUGACUGUGUUACAUAUAUUGUGUGACUAAAAUUAGACAUAGAUGACUACUAGUAUAUGUUAUUUGGAAUCAAUUAAAAGGUUAAAUGAUCUAUUCAGUAUAUAACAAAAUUAAGCAGACAUAGCAACACUGUUGGGCCCUGAUGAUGAAACUUUUAACAGGCUUCAUGGAUUCCCAUUAAUUGAGAGGAAAAGCGUCUCAGGAAAAGGUCUCCUUGACCUCGCUUCUCUAAGAAUUAAUUUAUCUACAUCUAUUUCAUGUCUGAUGAAGCCUUCAUAGUUGAAGCAUAUGAGAGACAGUCAAGUGAGCUGUAUAAUUUUGAAGUAACAACCUCCUUUUUAAUAUUUUCUAAAUGCUAGAAAGUACUAAGGUUGAUGGUACUAGGACAUUUUCAGAGUCACAUUUCUUCCUCCAUUUGGAUCUUUUUCUCCCAACUUUGGAUAGAAAAAUCUAUAGUAUCCAAUACUUUCUGGAAUAUGUCUUCUCUUAAAACCCUAGGUUCACAGUAAUAAAAACCAUUUUUAAAUUUACACAUCAAAUCUAUGUACAAAGUCUGCAUUUGGAAAAAUAAUCAGUAAUAUUUUUGAAUUGUUGCUGUGUCACUGUACUUUUAAAUAUAAGAUGUUCAUAUUUGGGAACUACUGAAGUGGGAUUCUUAAAAAUUAAUUUCUGGAACCCAGAAGUUUGAAAAUGCAGAUUUCCAUGCCUUAUUCAUAUCAAACUGUACUGCCACACAGAAGAUGGCAGUCUGCUUGCCAAUAGGUUCAUUUUGUAGUUUCUCAAAUGUCUGUCUUGAUUGUGAUUCAUUUUACAAAGUUAUUUGUUAAAAAUCUUGCUUUUGCAAAUAUUUAAUUUUCAAUAAACUUAAAAUUUAUAUUUUUAAUUGUGAUCAGAAUUCUUAAUAUUUUGGGAGAUUUUAAGCAUUUACAAUGCCUUCUAGAACUUGGGUAAAAGUAGUUUCCAUUACAUCAUCAUGGCAUUGAAUUAUUUUGAUGUCCGGGACAAAACAAUUGUUUCGCUCUGUUCAAAUAAGUUUUUCUGACUAACACUAAUUAAUGUAUUUUGGAAACUUUCAAAUUAGGGAUUAUUAAAACUGAACAUUAAAUGCACCAAUAGUUCAUGCCAUCAAAACGAAUGGUUUUUGGAAUAAAUUAUUAGAUGAAAUCUAAUGUAAAGAAGGCAAGUUAGAUACAUACAUCUAUAUAUCUACGUCUCCCAUUUUUUGACCUGGAGUUUCAUUUUUACACAUGUAGCAGCAGCAUUGAAAGGUUGCUUGGCUGGCUCAACAUCGCUGUAUAUCCCCUGUCUUAGCCCAGCAGCUCAACUGCUGUAUAGAAACUUUGCAAGGAAUGCUUUUGUAUGAAUAAUUGACAGAUUGUUUUUAAUUUGUAGUUGAUGGGUGGAACCGCAUAUAAUUCUAUUAAUAAGUAGAAUAUGUAAUUAUAAAAUGUCUAAUAUUGCAUUAAGUUUUGUAUUCCCUUGAAGAUGCAUCUUCCCAUUAUAAGGUAAAGGUUAAUUGAAUUUAAAAGUCAUGUGGCCAAAUGAUAGAUCUGCAUAUAACCACUUAAAAAUGAUUAGUGCCAUACGCCAAGCAUUUAGUUUUUCUGUGUGCUAUUAAGCAAAAUGAAGUCAUGCCUCCUGGAGUGUCAUGGGUGCUUCACUAGAUAUUUUCAAGCAAGUCAGCCAUUUGCCUGAAAUAGUAGAAUACCUGCACCACCCAGACAGCUAGACUGGAAGACCUUCCAUGUUCAUUUCAACUCUCCAAUCUUACAUAGUGAUACAAGUGAAUCUUAGAAAAGCUAAAGUAAAAUAACAAGGAUGACAGAAGCCCUAUAUGGGCAUAUUGUCUCUGCAUGAAGAUAGGUGGCCGAGUUAGAAACCAAAUAGGUACAUGUGUCAGUAUAUUGGCCUUGAAAUUAACCUUGAAAUUCAAUGCUGCCUUUAGUGUGACUUAGUUUCAACUCAAUUGGUUUAAGCAAUAAUAUGGUAGUCAGUUUGUAAUUGAUAAAACACAUUGUCAACAUGCUGGCCGUGAUAUAAAAAAAAAAAUCAGUUCUGCCCAAGAUAUUGAUCCCAGGCUGCAUACAGUUCAUCAAGCAGCCUUAUGUGGCAUCCUGGCAUUUUUCAAAGCCGAAUCUUCAUAGUUGCCAAGUUCAUUGCCAUCACCAUUGGCCAUCAAACAACUGGUGCGUCAGGUAUUUCUGUAAGGUCUACCAUGGUAAAUUGCCUGUGGCCUUUAUAACUUAAAAGUUACAAAGGCUUGCUCAAAGCUAUUUGAAGGUCAACGGUUAAUUAGCUUUAUAUAUUAUCAGCUUUGUAUUUAAAGCCAAUUAUAGAAAAAGCUUUGGUAAGAACGUUCCCUACAAAAAAUACUUUUAACAUCUUGAAUAACUUGUCAUAUAUUUGAUUUCAUAGUGGGCCACAUUCUAGAACAAAAGCAAAUUGGUCCAUUUACUAAUGGCAUUGCUAUCUUUAAUAUAAAUUUUAGGAGAAUCACCAUAUGGCAUAUUCUGUACAGGGUUACAAGUCGACACAGGUAAUAUUUCUCUUUUAAUAACCAGUCAUGAUGGGUCAGUUAAGAUCUAUUCUACCUCAAUGCACAUAACUCUGCUUUCAAGUUACAUUGGGCUAGAAAAUACAAGAUUAGUUGUUUACAAUAAGCU